CCGGCCCAGAACUUUGCCGACAGCACCUUCUCCCAAGCGCCCGCCUGCCCCUGCCCGAUGACAUCCAAGCUCAACCCGAACGCUGGCGCCUGGGUGCCAAGCUUCGUAUCGUCCGUCGACGCUAGCCCGCCAUCCGCGACCGCACAGUCCCCGGCCAAGCCCAAGAAGGCCACGACGCCUAGCCAUGCGGCCAAGGCCAGCCCCCCGCGCGCGCUGCCGGCGCCAAUUGCAACAGCACCUGCUGUGGCGAGCGCGACAGCGGCGGCGCCGGGCCGAAUAAGCAUUGGCUCCAAAGUCAAGGGUCGUCUGCAUUACACGAUCGCCGAGCUCUUGCAGUUUCGGACGCUGUGCACGGCGCUCCCGCCAGACCUCGAGCUUGGCCCGAUCCUCUCUGGUGGCGCGCCUAAGCCGACCAAAGCGUCCAAGAAGGAAAAGGGCGCGGCGAGGGCGCCCAUGCUGCACUACGACCCGUCCGCGCUCUCGUUCUUCAAGGAUGGCGCGGCGGGUGCGACCAAGCAGCCCGUCAAGCCCACUGACAACCCCGAGAAGGAGACCAAGGACGCGCUCUCGGCCAUUGAAGCCAUUUUGGCGUCGCCGGCCCACGACGCGUGGCUCGGGCACAUCCAGUCGGUCGCCGUCACAUGCACGCCGACGCUCCAAGCGGUUGUGGGGCUCUUGUUUGACCGCGCGAUUGCAGCGCCCUCGGUCAGCGAGCCGUACGCUGCGCUCUGCGCAUCGCUCUCCGAGUCGCUGCCCGAGUUCAAGGACGGCGCCCGCACCGUCAACUUUCGCCGAGUCCUCCUCACCAAGUGCUACGAGGCCCUCGUCGAAGAGCCCUCGUCGCCGCACGCGUGGCGCCGUCAAUGCAUGCUGGGCAACGUCGUCUUCGUCGGCGAGCUCUUUCGCCGGCAACUGCUCACGGAGAACGUCAUGCACGUGUGCGUGGCCAUGAUGCUCGACGGCGACGACAGCGACCAAAGCACCGACGUCGUGCCCGAGGCCAAGGUGCUUGACGCUGCGUGCCGGCUCUUGCUGCUCGUGGGCGACCUCCUCGACGGCUCGUCGCCUGCGUCCCGCCGCACGAUGGACGAGUACUUUGACGCACUGCAGCGACUGGCUUGUCUCUCGACGCUGCCCUCGGAUCUGCGACCGCUUCUCCAAGAGACGCUGGACGCACGGUCGGGCGGCUGGGUCCGGAAGCGCGUCGACGGAUGACGCACCGCCUAUUUAACGUGUGUACGACUAGGUUUUUCGAGUAAUAGACGACAGCAGCAGUGUACGAUCGGGAUGUACAAUGUACGAGGUCGUACGGCCUCGUUAAAGUGGCCACCGUUGGCGGGCGAGAUUCGCUUCCGUUGGCGCGCGAAUCUCGGAGGGAACAGGGCGGCUUCGAUUUCGGCGUUCCAAAGUGGACAGCAGCAAGCUACUUGGAAGGCAGCGCUCGAAUCCGCGAGCCAGUCGAUGCGACAAAAGAUCUGCGUUGGCUGCUGGGUCGAAGUCGAAUACCUUGGUCAAGGUCCUUGAUCUUAGAGCACGGAUCGUCGCCUCCUCUCGAUGUACUGUACUGCAGCGAGCGACUCGUGCAACAGAGGAGCGAUGGCAGCUACCGUGCUUAGCAACGAUUGCGGGACGCCGACCACACAUUUGCAACUUGAAAAGGCCGCUCUUUUAAAUACCCAAAACAUGUACGCCUCUUGUCC